AAAACACAAUUCUGCCAACGAGCAACUGAGAGCUUUUGAGUUUAACAGCAAGUGGCUAAAAGGUAUACUUUUGUCUGCGUCAUGGCUGUAGGUCUCCUUUUACAAUCAACAUUAAAAAUGAAUUAAAGUGGCAUUUUGUUUAAUGAGAUAGUUUUAAACUAUGCUGAAAUGUAACCCUUGGUUUUUGAUGUUUCUCUUUUCUGAGGACACUACUUAUAUGGAACAAUAAUCUGUAUAUCUAAACUUAUUUGUUAAAGUGCAGAUUUAAAUAUUCAAUAUGCCACAAUGCAAGAAUUUUAGAUUUGUCAUCUGGGUUACAACAUAAACAAAUAUUACAAACCCCCAAAAGGAUCUGACUGAAAUUUUGAAAAUGCAUCUUAAGUUUAGUAAAGUUUAAAAUCUUUGAUCCUUGAAGAAUUGAGUUCUUGGGACUAUUUAAAUUACUAUAUGGUGAUUUUUGAUAACACUCUGUGGAGCUAUCACAUCUGGUAUGAUAACAGAUAGUAGCUAACAUAUCACCUAGAAAAAUCUUUCAAAUGUGUCAACAGAUAAAACCAUCUAAAACUAAAAAGGAUUUACGUCUUUAAGGCAGACAAAUAUGGCAUGCAUGGUUUAGUCACUGUAUUCUCCUUUUAUGUCAGAUAUUGUUACCUUUUAUUGGUGGAAGAAGUAUUCAUAUAUUUUAUUUAAAUAACAGUAGCAAUGCCACAAUACUGCCACAAUACCACAAUAAAUAAAUAAAAAGUAUAUUACACUUAAACGUCCUGCAUAAAAGUACAGAAGAAUUAUCAGCACAAUUACCCUUUCAGAUAUUGGCUGAUUAUUAUGCAUUAACAUGUGAGCAGUUUAAUGUUUAACCCGAAUUGUUAUAUACUGUUUGGUAUUUGAAUCUGUAACAUUGUGUCAUAUUUUAAAAGGUUAUUGGUUUUGUAUGUAAACUCUUAAUCUGCAAAACAACUGGUUUUGUUUUCAAAUAAAGGUAGUGGAGUUAACUACAAUAUGUCAUUCUGAAGUGUGUAGUAUAAAUGGAAGUAGCCAAGUAAAGUACUUCGUAAUUAUAAUUAAGUACAGAACUUGAGUAAAUGUACUUAAUUCCCACCUCUGCUACCAUUCAUUAAAUUGUGGCUCCACGUGUAUCUCCAUACUAUUCAUUUAGGUGUGGUUUUCCGUAUGAAACGGUUGAGGAUGCUGGGUAAUGUUUUAGUAAAACCCCGCCCCAUCUUCUGUUUCCAUGCGACCCACAUCCCUCGUGCCGCGUUACGUCAUAUGGAAUUCACCCAGUUUCCAAACUAAAAACGUUAGAGCCGUUUCAACUACAUCAACACUCAAGUGGAAAAGACGAUCCGGGAAGCUGAAACUAAAUACAGCGGAAAAGCAUCCAAACAGUCGUCACUGACGGGCGAAGAUGAAGCUGAAUUCAUUAUCUGUGCUGUUUCUGUCACUUCUUUUUUCUCAUACCCAUUUUUCACUGGCCAAGAGAGGAGGAGGAGGCGGUGGCUUUGGGAAAGGCUCCAGCUCAAAGUCAAAGUCCCCCACAUCCAGCCGAGGCAGCACCCACACUAACACAGGCCACAAAAAUAAUCAGGGCUCCAGCUCUCAGGGUGGAUACCCCAAACAGCCUGUACAACCCAAUCAAGGAGGCUACCCUCCGCAAUCAGGCAGACCUGGGUAUCCGGGUAGUUACCCACAGCAGCCGGGUGGAGGAGGUUACCAGUAUCCAGCACGGGGCUCCCCAUAUGGAGGAGGUUAUGGAGGUUAUGGCGGUCAUGGCGGUUAUGGCGGUCAUGGCAGUUAUGGAGGUUAUCCAGGUGGAUACAUCAAUCAAAACCCAAACAACAAAAUCCUGAGCCCUCAAUAUGGUGGCAGCUUUGGUUAUGGGGGCCGCAGUGUUGGGGGCGGCUCUCCCUUUUCCCAGUCAGUUCAUGCAAUGGGCGUGUAUCCCAAAGAUAAUUCCAGAGGGUUUGGGCGCAGCGCGGUAAUGGCAGCAGCUGGAGGGGCUAUGGUAGGAAUGGCCCUGGGCUACGGGUUAGGAAGGUUCCCCCGUCCUCCCUUCAACUUCCACAACCCCCAGGAGGAGUAUUACUACAACCACUACAUGUACAGGAAAUAUGGCACCCGGUCUACUGAUACCAAUGACUACAGCAGAGACUACAGGUACAACCAACCCCCUCAAGCCUAUGAUAGCUACAUGGACUCCUGCAUGAAGAGAACAGACCUUCUGCCUGUGGAUAAUCAAAAGCCAAACAACAAACCAGCUGCCACCACAACUACUUCUGUAACUACCACAACUACUGCUUCCCCAGAUACUGGCAUUGGCAGCAACGCAACAGAGAGCAACAGCACUGCAGCACAAAACUCCCCGACCUCUGCACCUUCAACUCCCCGCCCUCUGAAUGAGUCUGAAGUCAAGCCUGUGCCUCCAGUGGCUGUCAGCAAUGAUGAUGACGAUGAUACAGUCAGCAUUGUGGAGAUCGGCUACCCAGCACUGAUCGAUCAGCUGAAGGUCAGGAGAUGCUUGGAGCUGUACAUGGUUUACUCUGAAAAGUACUUGAAGAAAAACACGGAACCCAGAGCCAGCGAUCGGGUACAGGGACUGGAAAUGGGCUCACAUGGGCUUUUAGCUGUGGUCACCAGUACUAUACUGAUGCUACUGAAUAGCAACAUGCUAAUGCUGCUGCACUGAGGCAUUCAUUAGCAGUUAAAGUGAUGGAGAAUGUGUUAAAGGAAUUAAGUAAACAGAUGGAAAAUGAUUAGGGAGAGAGAAACCUCUUACCCCUUUGUAGUACUCUCUUCAUUGUGUGUGAAUUUCAACAUUGCAUUUUUUUUUUUUUGUUUUCUUAAUAUUUAGGCAUUGCAUCCUCAUGCAUGUCCUUGACUAGCACUACACAGCAGGCACUCAUACUGUAUUGCAUGUUUGAACUACUUAUUCAAGGAAAGGAAAGGGAAAGGUUAGACUAAAGAGCCACAGUGUUUGCAACAAAUUGCACUUCCGUUUUCCUCUUCUGAGAGCGAGAGGGACCAUUAACUGGCCCACUAAUGUCCAUUUAGAUAUAAUUGAAUAACAUGCUCUCUAGCCAUAGAAGUAAAGAGUGGCACUACCAAUGACUCAUCUUCCUGUUUGUGAUGGGUUUCGAAAAAAUAUAUUUUCUAUUAUUUAUUAAUUUAUUUAUUCAAGGAAACUGGCCAGGGUGUUUGUCUUUUUUGUCUCCAAGGACAAAGCAUCUGAGAGGCUUAGCUUGCACCUGUGGGGCUGCUGCUUGCUCUGUCAUGGUGAUGAUCUGUGUAAAUACACUGCUUUGCAAUAAUGGACAUGCUCUUUAAAUGUAAUAUGAGUACAUUAGCUACAGUACAUGGACUGUGAUGUUGGAGGACUGUCUGAUUCAAGGACAGUUCAAAAUUUGGAAAACAGUGAAUAGUGAUCCAAAACUAUCAGUUAAUACUGGACUUUAACUUGUCUAAUAUUCUACUAGUCUACUAUUACAAUUAUCACUGCUUUAGGCUGAGAGGUUUUACACUAUGAGCAUAACUGAGUAUUUGUAAUGGAUCAUUUCUACUAAUUAUUUCGUAGCUUAAAACAUAAUUGGACUUUUAUCAUAUAAGGUCCAUCAAAAUACAGAAACACAAAGCAAACGACUACUGAUUAUUGCUGCUGGUACUUAUUUUAUUCAGACUCUCUACACAGACAGACAAUAGUAUGCAUGCUGUUAUCCUAACACUCCUUCAAUCACUUACAUUGAAAUCCAUGCAAAGCAAAGUAUGGGUUUUCUGAAUAUUAAUGUAUGUUGCCUUAACAUUUUUCCAUGUGCACUGCCAUUACUUUGUACAGUGUGUUGUAUAUUAUCUCGUAUCUUUUUUUAUAUACAUGUCUCCCUCCUCCCCUCUCUCUCCCCUCUGUUGGGUAGCUUGUGAUUGCAGAAGGACCCCUGAUGUACUAAUUCUGAGCUUAAUUCAUCUCCAAAACCAACUGAAUGUUAUCUUGCAUUAUCAACUGAGUUUAUGGUUGCUAAGCCUGCAUAUCCAGAUAUGUACAGUAUAGUACAUAAGAUUUGUACAAUAAUUUUUCUAAUCAUAUGAUGACUUAAAUAAGAACAAUUUAAAGGUACUUUCUGGAGUUUUAAUUGCAAAAAACUUUUCAAAUUCAAAAUUUCUUGAUAAAACACAUUUUACACAUCUAACGCACACGUUGGACACAUUUCUUACCUCAUAAUUCAUUUGACAUGGUCAUUAUUAUUAUAGACCCAGGUUUUUAUGUGAACGUGUAGGAUAAUUUAUAAACUGUUAUGGCCUCCUUCGUGUUGGUAUAAAAUCCUCUCUUCACUUCAGUUUUGUCAAUAAAUGAUGAGCCUCACCAAUAAAACCUGUUUCCUUCUUGCUUUCUCCAUUUAUUACUCCCUCAUCCGCCUCCUGCUGCUGCCGCUGUCAUGACCACUGGAUCUAAAACCACACAUUUCACUGGCAAUCACUAAAACACAAUUACAACAAACACUUUUUAUUGAUCCAAAGUGAUCAAAAACCCCACAGUGUACCUUUUUAAUGGGUUGUUAUAUGUAGCCAAUGUUAUCUUGUGUCUGGCUUUGAAACUGCUUUUAAAGACAUGAAUGUCUUUUACUGUGAGAUCACAUUUACUGUGCUGCUGGAGCUUCUACUGAAUACUGAGGGUUGACUUGCACUUUUUGCUUGUCCUGUCCAAAUAAACUUAUUAACUUUA